CAUUUCACUUUAAAUUGCAUGAUUUUGCUUACAUCGAUCCCUCUCAUUUUUAUACACAAAAAGUUUGAAGAAUUUGUUUCGAUUUUAGUGUGAUGGUUGAGAAGAGAAAGUUCCGAGGGGUCCGACAGCGCCAUUGGGGCUCUUGGGUGGCCGAGAUCCGCCACCCACUACUGAAAAGGAGGGUGUGGCUGGGGACUUUUGAGACGGCGGAGGAGGCGGCGAGGGCGUACGACGAGGCGGCGGUGCUGAUGAGCGGCAGAAACGCCAAAACAAACUUCCCGGUUGCGGGAAACGUCGAAGAAAGCAGCAGUGAGGCGCCGUUCUCAUCCAUUAUCAGCGAGAAGCUUCGUAAAUGCUGCAAAUCGCCGUCGCCUUCCGUCACCUGCCUGAGGCUGGACAACGAGAGCUCCCACAUCGGAGUCUGGCAGAAACGGGCCGGGUCGGAUUCCGACGCCAACUGGGUCAUGACCAUUCAGCUCGGGAAUAAGGAUAUCAUCAAUGAUGACCGGAGCCGCGGCGGCGCGGCGGCGCCGGAAGUUUUGACGGCGGAGUUCAGAGACGAGAGGGAUGAAGAGGAGAAGAUUGCAUUGCAAAUGAUUGAAGAACUUAUGAAUUAAUUAUUUAGUUAAUUAGUUAACUCAAAAAAAAUAUAUAUAUUAAAUUAGCUCAAAAUUGCAUUGUUUUAAUCAAGAAACUGAAGGGUUUUGGUAAUUGGUAUAACGACGAGCAUACUGAAGAUUGCCCGUUAAUUUGGAUCCAGUUUCGCAA